UUCUCAGGAGGAAAAAAUCCUAAGGAAAGGAUUUUCCAUAAAAGAUGUCAGUGACAGAAAAUUCCCUCUCCCAGAUUAAACCAGGACCUCCACCCACUCCCAUGUCCUGGGGGAUUCUUGUUCACUUGGGGACACCUUUAAUGACUGUGGGAGUCCCUGGUCAUUGGAAAUGCCUGGCUGUGGCCCUGUCAGACCUGGGGCACAGUGCACCCAGCUCCUCUGGGAAGGGCUGCAGCUGAAUUUUAGCAGUGGCACCCCAUGGGAUGGGGGAUAAGGAAGCAAAACUCAGCUGGCAGCACAGCAAAAAGGAAAACAAGGCAGGGCUCAAAGGAGAUUAAAGGCAGAGGGAGGGGGGAGAUCCCAGCUGGUGGCACAACAGCACGGGAUUAAACCUGGGAUGGCACAGAGCUGAUGCAGAGAGGGCAGGGAGGGGGUGUCCAGCCCCAGAUGUCAGGGAGCAAAAAUUCCUGAAGUUCGACCCAAUUCAAAGAUCAGCACUCAAAACUUGGUCCUGUCCCAGAUGAACAGCACAGGGUGAUGUGAGCUCUGAAACCAGUUUGAGAUUAUUUCCCUGUUCUGCUGGUACCUCCCAGCUGCUGCUGGAACCACACCAGUACAGAAGGGCUUCAUACUGGUGCAGCUCCCUCCCUCUUAGAGAUGACCAUCAUGGCAAUUUUUAUAAAUUUUACAUCCCUGCCAGAGUAAGGGGUUUUGUGGCUUUAAACACACCAAGAAUAAUGGCUAAUAUUUUUUCAUAGGCUUAAUUAAAUCGUUAAUUAAAUCUGUGCCAUCACUGAGUGUCAGACAGCCCAGAGGGUCCACAGCAAGAGAUAAAACAGAUUCAUGUGCAAGUUUUACUAUGGCUAUAAAUAAUUAGAGCUACUCUGCUCGUCCAUGUCUGUCAAAACUAAUUUGCCUCUUUGUGAGCUCUGUGGGAACAGCUGGACAUGGACUGGCCAUUUCAGGGCCCAGGGGACUUCCUGGACAUCCAUGGGUAGGCAAGCAGGACACAAGCGCUGCUGGAGAGCUCAGCCAGUCUGGGGCAUCAGCUCCAGGCCAGACAGACUGUUCUGCUGUGCCUCUAGACUCCAUCCAGAGGGGAAUGAUGAACCAGAAGGCCUGAGCAGGAGACCCUCAGUUUACUAGAAAGUAUUUGUGUUUAGAUGCCUUAAUCUGUGAGUUGAAGCCCACCAUUGCAUUUCCUUUAUUUCUAUUCUGCCUCAGACACUCUCUCCGUCACCAGGAUGGAUUUACUGGUGCCCAGUGCCCACAGACUGUGCCACUGGGGCCCAUGUGCGUGUUUGACAGAGUCACAGAACCAGUGAGGCUGGAAAAGAUCUCUGGGGUUGACUCCAACCUGUGGUGGAACCAGACCAUGGCCCUGAGUGCUGUGUCCAGUCUUUCCUUAAUGCCUCCAGGGAUGGAGACUUCACCACCUACUGCAGGGGAAAAGAGCCAUUCCUCUCCCAUAGUCCUCAAAUCUCCUGCUUUAGGGAGGAUUUUAAAGGAACUUCCAGUGCAGAUCUCGUAUCCCACACAGGGCUGUAAAUAAACACCUCUAUCUCCAUUUCCCACCCAUUUCCAGACCCCUGAAAAGUGACUCCAGAGGAGAAUAAAGGACAAACCUGUACAAAGCAGGCCUGGGUGGGAGCUGGCUGGAGCUGGGGAUGCCACAAAGCCCACACAAGACCUUCCCUUAGCACAUCCAUCCUUCCAGUUUUGACUUCAUGGCCUAUUCUUAGCACAGCUAAAGGUCCAGCACUUUCAGAGCAUCAUGAGGAAGAAGCCCCAGCCUUGCCACCCAUGACCCAAACAGCAAAUUGGGGUGUUAGAUUCACCCAGAGCCCUCUUCCCAAACCCAUGGUGUCACAGCAGCCAAACCUGCUGCUCUCCCCACGGUGACUCACGAGCUGCCAGACCCUUCCUGAGUUCCUGGGGCUGGAAUUACAGCUGUUCCCCUGGCCCCCCUCCCUUCCUCCUUGUCCAAUGUGUCAUAUUAAAGGGUGAUCGGCUUACACAUGCUGCACUAUGGAUUCCCUAAGCCCUGCAGGGCUGUGUCUAUAUAUAAAGCUGGAAGCUGAAGUGCACAGACAGCUGGGAGCAUAGCAAGGUUUCACAUUCCCAGUGUGCCAGCGGUCUGGAAGCCCGUGAAGCUGUGAGCUCUGCUUUCUUUACUCAGGUUUAGGUACAGCCACCAAUAUUUAUCCAUAAAAGAAGGAUUGGGGCAAAGAACGAGCGGUAUUUCGCCACCAUGGGUUUGCCUCUUGAUCAAGUGGAGGAAUUGCGUCUCUACCAGCAAACUCUUCUCCAGGAUGGGCUCAAAGACAUGUUGGACCACAAUAAGUUUCUGGACUGUGUCUUAAAAGUGAAAGGGAAGGAGUUUCCCUGCCACCGGCUGGUGCUGGCAGCCUGCAGCCCCUACUUCCGGGCCAUGUUCCUCUCAGACAUGGAAGAGAGCAAGAAGAGGGAGGUCAGCCUGGAAGAUGUCGACCCAGAUGUCAUGGGCAAGAUCCUGCACUACAUCUACACCUCCGAGCUGGAGAUCACAGAGCAGAACGUGCAGGACAUCUUCUCCGUGGCCAACAUGUUCCAGAUCCCCUCCAUCUUCACCGUGUGUGUGUCCUUCCUGCAGAAGAGGCUGUGCCUCAGCAACUGCCUGGCCAUCUUCCGGCUGGGGCUGAUGCUGGACUGCGCCCGGCUGGCCGUGGCCGCCCGCGACUUCAUCUGCGACCGCUUCGCGCUGGUCUCCCGCGACGAGGAGUUCUACCAGCUCUCCCCCGACGAGCUGAUCGCCGUCAUCUCCAGCGACUCCCUCAAUGUGGAGAAGGAGGAGAGCGUCUUCGAGGUGGUGAUGAAGUGGGCGGGGGCCAAGGAGCGCGAGAGCCGGCAGAAGGCCCUGCCCGUCAUCUUCGAGAGCAUCCGCUUCCGCCUCAUGCCCGGCGACUUCAUCAGGGAGCACGUGGAGAAGCACGCCCUGGUCAAGUCCAGCCCCGAGCUGCUCAAGAAGCUGCAGAUGGUGAAGGACGCCCAGAAAGGCAAGUUCACCGUGGUGAAGAAGAAGAAAGUGAAGAAGAGCAGCGAGAAUCAGGCGAAGGAGGAUGUUGUCAAUGGAGCGGUGGACGAAGGGGAGGACACGGAGGAGGAUGCUCUCCCUGGGAUCUUGAAUGACACCAUGCGCUUUGGGAUGUUCCUCCAGGACCUUAUUUUCAUGGUGAGCGACAGUGGAGCUGUGGCCUAUGACCCCAAUGCCAACGAGUGCUAUUUUGCCUCCCUGUCUACUCAAAUCCCGAAGAACCAUGUCAGUCUGGUGACCAAAGAGAAUCAGAUCUUCAUUGUCGGAGGACUGUACUACAACGAGGACAACAAAGAGGAUCCCAUGAGCUCCUACUUCCUACAGUACGACCACCUGGAUGCAGACUGGCUGGGGAUGCCCCCCCUGCCCUCCCCUCGCUGCCUCUUUGGCCUGGGGGAGGCAGAAAACUCAAUUUUUGUGGUUGGAGGGAAGGAGCUGAAGGAGGGAGAGAAGACCUUGGAUUCAGUGCUGUGCUACGACCGCCUGUCCUUCAAGUGGGGUGAGGCUGAUCCCCUUCCCUACUCAGUCUAUGGCCACGCAGUGGUAUCACACAAGGAUCUUGUCUACGUCAUUGGGGGCAAAGGAAGUGACAAGAAGUGCCUGAAGAAGAUGUGUGUCUACAACCCAGCCAAGUUUGAGUGGAAGGAAAUGGCUCCCAUGAAAACUGCCCGCUCCCUGUUUGGGGCCACCGUGCACAAGGACAAAAUCUACGUGGCAGCUGGUGUCACUGACUCUGGUUUGACCAACUCUGUGGAGGUCUAUGACAUUGCCACCAACAAGUGGGACACCUUCCCUGAGUUCCCCCAGGAGCGCAGCUCUGCCAGCCUGGUCAGCCUCUCUGGGGUGCUCUACCUGCUCGGGGGCUUCGCCACGGUGGAGACCGAGUCGGGAGAGCUGGUGCCAACGGAGCUCAACGACGUCUGGAGGUACGACGAGGAGCAGAAGAAGUGGGAAGGGGUUCUGCGGGAGAUCCAGUACGCCUCCGGCGCCACGUUCCUGCCCGUGCGCCUCAACGUCCUGCGCCUCACCAAGAUGUGAUCAGGAGAGAUUGCUCCUCUUUCCACGGGCUGCUGGGGCAAGGAGGGGUGGGGAGGUGCUUCUCAGAGAUGGGGCAUCGAGACACUGCCCAGGACAUUGCAUCUGUGAUUGGUAACUUUUUGGAUAAGUGGGAAAGAGGGGAGAGUGUCUGGAAAACCUCCUGGGAAACUGAAGUGGCUCACAAGGUAAUUAAAGAGGGGAUCUGGAGCCUGCAAGGAGCUGAGGAAGGCUGAGAAGCACAGAAAAAAUAGUUAUUCAGUCUCAGGAGAAGGGACAAAUAGAUUAUACAUUUUUUAGCUUAUUUAUUCAUGUUUUUCCCCAUCUUUUCAACUGCUGUUGGACCCCUCCAACAAACAGCAGAUGCAGAAAGUGAUGACUAAGAUGACAUUCCCCAGGGAAAGGCAUCCACAGAGUAUUUCCCAGCCUAAGGUGUCUAUGACCACAGUGUUCCUUGGAGAGGAGAAGGAGGGGUUAAAGUCAAGUGGCACAGGAGAGACCUGAUGAAUUCCUGAGUGAAGAGGGUUGCUGGGAUGAGACAGGCAAAAGAUCAUGUGAGCAGCAGAAGCACUUUGGGAGUUGUGAUAAAAAGCAAAUAAUCUCAGUUCUUCGCCUGCAGCUUGACUUUGGAGUGAUGAGAGGCCAGGAGCUGAGUCUGAGGAAAGGAGAAGUUAUGGAAGUUGUAGGGUGGGAAGGGAGGAGGGAUGGACAGAGGAUGCCAUGUGUGGUCACUUCCAGCCUUUUGGGCUCCUCAUCUUCAAUCACAGAUCACAAUGUCCUCACCUAUGGACGGACAAAUGCUAGUUUUUGGUUUUUAGGGAAAGGUUUUAUAUUUUUGUUGUUUUCUUAUUUUUCAUGUUCAGAUUUUUUUUUAAAGAGUAUUUUACUUUGCUAAGAUCUCAGAUGUGUUUGGCUCAAAGAGAGCUUCUGACUGAGGAAAAAUGCAUAUUUAUUUAAAAGUUGUCAAUAAUGAAGAUUUGAUAGAGACAUGACUGUACUGGCAGCAGGAAAAAAGAUCUGUUAGGGCAAAAAUCUCCUGAUGCCCACACCAUCUGACCAGUGACUUAUUUAAAAAUAAAUGAUUAAAUGAAAUAAAUAAUUUCCAAAAGAAAUCCCCUGUGUCUGCACGUUGAUAAAGCUGAAACUGAUCCUUCACAGCAACCAAAGACAAGGACGGAGCACAAGUUGUGAUGGACACAUGCAGCAAAACAGCCCCAUGGAGAGCCCCAUCUUUUCUUAUUUUCCCCCAUUUGAGAGCUGAAAUUUUAGGAUCUGUGUCCUUACAGCUCUUCCCUAUGGAUGUCUCAACCAGGAGUUUACCCAGGACUAGAAGGAAGCUGGAUGCUUGCACUGACAGGGUGAGAGGAAAUGGCCUCAAACUGUGCCAGGGGAGGUUUAG